AUGUGUAAUGAAAGCAGUGUUGUGAAGGAAAUUGUUGAGCAUGUUUUGAAAAAGCUAGACAAAAUUUUUUUACCUAUCCCAGAUUUUCCAGUUGGACUAGAAUCCCGUGCGGAACAGUUGAUUUGGUUUUUAAGACAGAAUACAAGAGGAGUACGUUUAGUAGGGAUUUGGGGAAUGGGGGGCAUUGGCAAAAGCACCAUUGCCAAAGUCAUCUACAAUAAUCUUUGCUAUGAAUUUGAAGAUCGAAGCUUCCUUGCUAAUAUUAGAGAACUUUGGGAAAAAGAUAAGGGCCAAAAGGAUUUACAAGAACAACUUCUUUCAAAUAUCCUAACAAGAAAGAUAAAGGUGCCUAAUGUUGAGAUGGGAAAAGCUAUUAUCAAUGAACGACUUCGCGCGAAACGGGCACUUGUUGUACUUGAUGAUGUGAGUACUAUGAAGCAACUAAAUGCACUAUGUGGAAAUCGAAAUGAGAUUGGUCCAGGAAGUAUAAUAAUUAUCACAACAAGAGAUGUGCAUCUACUUGACAUCCUUGGAGUUGACUUUAUUUAUGAAGUGGAGGAAUUGAAUGCACGCGAGUCCCUUGAGCUUUUCAGUUGGCAUGCGUUUAGGGAGGUGUGUCCAACUGAAGGUUUCCUUAGCCUCUCAGGAGAUGUAGUUUCCUAUUGUGGUGGACUGCCACUAGCUCUUGAAGUCCUUGGAUCAUACUUGUGCAAGAGGAGAAAACAAGACUGGCGGAGUGUAUUAUCAAAGCUAGAAAAGAUACCCAAUGAUCAAAUACAUGAGAAACUAAAAAUAAGCUUCGAUGGUUUAGAGGAUCGUAUGGAAAAAGAUAUAUUUCUUGAUGUGUGUUGUUUCUUUAUCGGUAAAGACAAAGCUUAUGUUACAGAGAUACUAAAUGGUUGUGGACUUCAUGCUGAUAUUGGAAUAACCGUGCUGAUAGAAAGAAGCCUCAUAAAAGUUGAAAAGAAUAAUAAGCUUGGAAUGCAUGCUUUGCUACGAGACAUGGGAAGAGAAAUUGUGCGUGAAAGUUCACCUGAAGAUCCUGGUGAACGUAGUCGAUUGUGGUAUCAUGAAGAUGUAGUUAAUGUAUUAACUGACCAUACGGGAACAAAAGCCAUUGAAGGAUUGGUUAUGAAGUUGCAAGGGACCAGGAGUGUUUGCUUUGAUACUAUUGCUUUUGAGAAAAUGAAGAGAUUGAGAUUGUUGCAACUUGAUCAUGUACAACUCAUAGGAGAUUAUGAGUGUUUUCCGAAGCACCUAAAGUGGAUUUCUUGGCACAGAUUUCCUUUAAAAUUCAUGCCAGAAAACUUUUAUCAGAAAAAUCUAGUGGCGAUGGACUUAAAACACAGUAAGCUUACACAAGUUUGGAAGAAUCCUCAGUUGAUGGAGGGACUGAAGAUCCUAAAUCUCAGUCAUUCGAAGUACUUAAAAAGUACCCCUGACUUUUCAAAUUUACCGAACCUUGAAAAGCUCAUUAUGAAGGAUUGUCAAAGUUUGUCCAAGGUGCACUCGUCUAUUGGAGAUCUUAAGAAUCUUCUUCUGAUAAAUUUGAAGGACUGUACAAGCCUAAGCAAUCUCCCUAGAGAGAUUUAUCGAUUGACAUCAGUGAAAACUCUCAUCCUUUCCGGUUGUUCAAAGAUUGACAAGUUGGAAGAAGACAUGGGGCAGAUGGAAUCCUUGACAACACUGAUUGCGAAAGAUACAUCUGUAAAAGAAGUUCCCAUUUCAAUACUAAGAUUAAAAAGUAUUGGAUAUAUAUCCCUAUGUGGAUAUGAAGGAUUAUCGCACGAUGUGUUUCCAUGUCUCAUUAGGUCAUGGAUGUCACCAACAAUGAAUUCCUUAUCACACAUUCCUCCUUUUGGUGGUAUGUCAAUGUCUCUUGUUUCCCUGAACAUAGAGACUAAUAAUUUGGAUUCGGUCUAUCAAUCAGAGUUACUUAGCAGCUGUGCAAAACUAAGAAGUGUUUCGGUACAAUGUGACUCGAAGAUUCAACUCAAACAAGAAUUCAGAAGUCUUCUCGUUGAGCUAUAUGAUGCAGGUCUUACUGAACCGGGAACAUCACAUGCAUCAAACAUUUCGGAGCUUUCCUUGCGAUCUCUUUUGAUUCGAAUUGGAAGUUGCCACAUCGUCAUCGAUACUCUUGAAAAGAGCUUAUCACAGGGAUUGGCAGCCAAUUCUAGUGAUUCUUUUCUACCUGGAGACAAUUAUCCUUCUUGGUUAGCCUAUACAUGCGAAGGACCUUCCAUAAUUUUUCAAGUGCCAGAGGAUAAUGAAUGUUGCAUAAUGGGAAUAACUUUAUGUGUUCUUUAUUCAUCAACACCUGGAAACCAAGCAACCGAAUGUCUCACUAGUAUCUUGAUCAUUAAUUACACAAAAUUCACUAUUCAGAUUUACAAGCGAGACACAAUAAUGUCGUUUAAUGAUGAUGAUUGGCAAGGUGUCAUAUCAAAUUUAGGAGUUGGUGACAAUGUGAAGAUUUUUGUAGCUAUUGGGCAUGGAUUGAAUGUUAAGGAGAUGGUUGUCUAUCUAAUAUAUGGUCAGUCAACUACUGCUAUGGAAGUUGAGCCAAUACUUGAAGUGGAAGUGCAACUAUUACGUGAUAUGAAAACUGAGCCAUCACCUGGGGUGGAAGCCCAAUCAUCACCAAAUAUAAAAACGGAGUCAUCACCCAUAGUGGAAGAACAACCAUCACCUGAUGUGAAAACGGAGUCAUCACGUAGGGUGGAAGCGCAACCAUCACCUGGUGUGAAAACGGAAUCAUCACCUAGAGUGGAAGUGCAACCAUCACCUGAUGUGAAAACAGAGUCAUCACCUAGAGUGGAAGCGCAACCAUCACCUGAUGUGAAUACAGAGUCAUCACCAAAGCCAAAUGAAAAAAUCUUUAUAAGACUCACCAAGAGAGUAGGAAAAUGUUUAUGCUUGAACCCAAAUUGAGAUCUCAAGAAUAUUUUAUUGGCAUGCCUUUGUCCUAACAUGGUAUUCCCCUGUAUGU